CUAGGAGACUAUAUAACAAUAUACCUCGAUAAUAUUUUAAUAUAUUUGAAUAAGAUCCUCUAUAGACUAAGGGGUAUAGGUCUUAACCUAGACCUUAAGAAAUAUACCUUCGUAGUAAAGGAGGUUAAGUACCUAAGGUACAUUAUAGAGAUAGAAGUCUAUAUCCGCCUUAACCCUAAGAAGAUUAAGGCUAUCUAUAAGUAG